AUGCUAAACGAAGAUCCAAAGAUUUAACAACUCUAUUCUAGCUUGUAGUUUUGUAUAAAAUCACUUGAUCAAAUAUUAUAAGCGAAAAUGAAGCCUCCUUAAAAGUAAAGCACUGCUGAAAGAAUAAUUAUUAAAUAAGAGGGUGUUGAAAUUUCUGAGGAUUUCUAAAACCUAACUAAAGAAUUAGAAAAUAUCAAACUCUAACAUGAAUCAAUGUUGUUAAAACUCAUGAAACUUAGAAAGAAGUUAGCAAGUUUAUAAAUUAAGUAUUCUGAACUUGACGAAGAAUUUUAAGCUUAAACAGAACUUCUUAAAUAAUAUAAAAUUACUAAAAUAAACCCUAGGUACAUAGAACUUCCAAGAGAAGAAAUUAAUCUCUAUAAAUCUCUCAAAACUUAUAUAAACUUGAAUUAAUCUAAGUUUUCGUUAUUUUUAAAAUCCUUAUUACAUGAAAACAAAGAUGAAAAGUUUUUAAAUUUAGAUUAGUUAUUAAAUUCAAUACAAGAUUAUUACAGAAACUAAUAAAUGUAUUUGAAACCAAAAUUCAGUUUAAAUAGUGUUGAGAGAGUUCGUUUACCAAGUUUAGAAAUUCGAUAUUUUACAAAUAGAAGAUCAAAAGAUUAUAAUUAUAACAACUCGAGCAUAGAUUAGGAAUCAAAAUCAUUAUCAUUUGCUAUAUGA